AUGGAGCUGCGGGUAGUCGCGCUGCUGCUGCUGGCGGCGGGACCGCGGCUGACGUCGCAGGACUCCCAGGACUCCCAGGACUCCCAGGACUCGCAGGACUGGAGGCUGCAGAUGGACGGCGACACGUGGCCGGACGUGGACAGCUCGGCCGACUACGUCAUUGUGGACGAGGGGCAGGACGCUCCCCAGCAGGUACUGCGCAUGCGCGGCUUUCGCGAGCGGCCGUUGCUUCCGGAAAUCUACAGCCUGCACAUAACGUCACACAUCCAACUCCGAUACGCCAUCACUACGGUCUCUAGCAGGAUAGCCAACCCUGCCAACAUCUCCCAGGAGAUUUUCUUUAACGUCGUGCUGCCCGAGACUGCAUUCAUAUCUGGCUUCACAAUGGAGCAGGGCGGCAGGACGUACGAAGGUCGCGUGGAAGAGAAGGGCGUGGCAGAGAGCCAGUACAAGAAGGCCGUGCAGGACGGCACGGCUUCAGCACACGUCACGCAGAGCCCGCGGGACUCGCAGCGCUUCACUGUGUCCGUGAACCUGCAGCCGGCGAGCAAGGCCAACCUCAGCCUGCGCUACGAGGAGCUGCUGGCGAGACGCAGGUUCGGCUACGCACACGCCGUCAACAUCGACCCCGGUCAGAUUGUUCAAGAUUUGUCUGUGGGGAUUCAAAUUGUAGAAUCGACCAGCAUAACGUACGUGAAAGUACCACCACUAAGGGUCACCAAUCAGAUCGAAGAUGCCCCAUUAACAGACAGCGACCCGCAGGUGCGGCUGGAGUUCACGAACGACAACUCGGCGCUGGUGCAGUGGCAGGCCUCGCCGCAGGAGCAGGCGGCGCUGCGCGGGGCGGGCGUGCGAGGACAGCUGGUGCUCUUGUACGACGUGGAGCGCAUCUCCCACCAGGAGCAGAUACUGGCGAGCGACGGCUACUUCGCGCACUUCUUCUCGCCCAGCGGCGCGGGCCUGCUGCGCAAGCACGUGGUGUUCGUGCUGGACUGCAGCCGCUCCAUGGAGGGCGCGAAGCUGGACCAGGUGAAGGACGCCAUGCGCACCAUCCUGCGCAACCUCAACAAGGGCGACUCCUUCAGCCUCGUGCUCUUCGCCUCCCGGGCCAAGGUGUGGAGUCCCCGGGAGCUGGCGGUGCCCCUGCGGAGGCCCAGCGACUACUACAGGGGCGGGCGCAAGCUGGCGGCAGACAUGGUGGUGCCCGCCACGGCCCAGCUGGUGUCCCAGGCCAUCGAGUACCUCUACAUCCUGGAGCCGCACGGCUCAACUAACUUAAAUGAUGCCCUGCAAAAAGCUUUUAAACUUGCUCGUCUCGGCAGAAGAACGUGGAAGAGGCGGGACGGGCCGCGGCCGGAGAGCAUGCUGGUCCUGCUGACGGACGGCCGGCCGACGCGCGGCCGCACCGACGCCGCCAACAUCGCCAAGCUCGUCACGCGCCGGCUGAACCGCCGCCCGCGAGCGUCCCUCUUCGCCCUGGGCUUCGGCGAGGACGUGGACGCGGGCUUCCUGAGGACGCUGUCGCUGCGCAACGCGGGCUUCGCGCGCAAGGUCUACGAGGCGGCCGACGCCUCGCUGCAGCUGCAGGACUUCUACGGGCAGAUAUCCUCGCCGCUGCUCGCCAACGUCACCUUCCACUACCUCGAGGACGCGGUGGCGCGGCGGUCGCUGACGGAGACGCACUUCCCCCACCUGUUCCGCGGCUCGGAGCUGGUGGUGGCCGGGCGGCUGGCGCGGCCGGGGGCGGAGGUCACCGGCAGGGUCUCGUUCCGCGGGGCAGACGGCCCUGGCGAGGUGGGCCUGUCGGGGAUGGAGGCGGCCGACCCCUGGCGCGGCUUCAAGCCGGGCCUCACGGAGCGCCUGUGGGCGUACCUCACCGUGCGGCAGCUGCUCGACCGCGGCGCCGAGCGCAGACACGACCUCGACCGCAAGAGGACGGCCUUGCGGCUCGCCCUCAAGUACUCCUUUGUCACGCCGUUAACAUCGAUGGUGAUCACGAAGCCAAACGAGGUCGUACGUGUCGAACCACUUCAGAUUCACUUCCAAGGGGCCAGCAAGGCGGGCGCGGGCUGGCCGCUGGUGGCGCCCCUCGCGGAGGCCCCUGGAGCAGACGACGACGAGCCGGGCGGACUUGCCAGCUGGAACCAAGCGGGGGCCGAGGGCUGCUCGCUGGAGGACCUGCAGUGGCUGGCGCUCGUCACGGACGGCUCCCACGUGGCGCUGCCCACUGGCGACAACGGCACGGUCGAGGUGCUGGAGCUGGGCGCGGCCGAGCAGGACGUGCCGUUCCAGGAGUGCCGCACCCCGGAGAGCGGCAGCGGUCACUGCCGCCACCUGCCCCACUGCGUGCGGCCCGUCAUCGCCCCGGACCUGGCCCGCUACCUGCGCCACUUCUGCCGCAUCGGCAGUUUCGCUGGUGUCUGCUGCCCAGACGAAGACAGAUCGUAGAGCCUCCAGGAACAAGAGAUUUGGCAUCUGUUACUUGCAUCAUACCUAAAGUUGUUCAUCAUCAACGAAACUUCAGCACCCAGC